GAACAGUGCAGCAGAAUAGUUUAGCUCUCUAACAGGUGUUGCAUGCAGAAAUGGAAGUAUAAAAACUAAAAGGCUGUUGUGAUAAGGGCAACGACUCUGUACAAUGAAGAAUUUCAUCUUCUUUCUGUUUGCUUUGUGCUUUCUGUGGCCAGGAGAAAUGAGAGAAUGGCCGCUACACACAAUCUGUAAGACGAAAGACUUUGAAGCAUAUUACAAAAGUUGUGACCCUCUUCAAGACGGAGGAUUCAGUUUUACUCCUUGUUCCAGAAUUUUACCAAAAUAUCAGAUUAUGAGAAUUGGAAUUGUGUUAAGGCAUGAUAUCAAAUCACUUUAUGUGAAACUUAACAUUUUCUAUAAUGGAUACCUCUUCGCACAAGAGGACAGAACUUUAUGUGAUGAAAAAGCACCGCGGUAUUCCUUCUGUGGGAAGAAAAAAGGAGAAUCUGUAUUUUAUGAUCAUGAUGUAAAACUUGGAGUUUCUUAUAUACCCAGAGGAGACUACAUGGUUACAAUGGAACUGAGAAAUGAAGAUCAUGAUCAAAUUGCAUGUGUAAAUGUUACUAUAUAUAGUCAUCCACUUGUGUAAUGUAAUGCUUAAUUCGCAGAGUACAAGAUAGUGUACAAUACUGUAUGUUUAAUAUAAGUAGCAAUGUAAGUGUAUUUACAGUAUGUUGGCAGGGCUCAGGGGCAGGACACUGCAUCAGUUGCAAAUUGGGAACUUAAAGUGUCCCUGAAAAAUAUAUAAAAGUGGCCUCAUGAAGGCGGAACCAUAUAACUUUUAGGUGGGGCCAACACAAAAGUGCACACGGUUAACACACUAUUAUGUCUAGCCACAUUAGUGGUAGGUAAGGCCAAUGCAAUACAAAAUUUAAUAUUGAGUGAAAAUAAUGACAGGCUUUUUACAUACAAUACAGAGAGCAUACUAGUGACCAACAUACAAUACACAGUACAUCUUAUUAAUCACCAUACAAUGCAGAUUAUAUUAUUGACCACAAUACAGUGUGGGUAUCUAAUUACCACCAUACAAUGCAGAGACCAUGCUAGUUACUGUUACAAUACAGAGGGCAUCCUAUGACUGCUAUAUAAUACAGAGCAUAUUAAUGACCCAAAUUCAAUACAGAGAGCAGCCUAGUUAACUCAAUAUAUUCUAAUAACAACAAGACAUACAAUAUAGUGUUCACUCUAGGAGUGAAAAGGGGCAGGGCACCGGACUCCGGGGGCACAUGUGCGCGCGCACGGCGAAGCGGGGGCGCGGCCACGCAAAUUAGGGGGAUGUGGCCACGCCUACGUCAUUUUAGGGGGCGGUGCGGCCCACAGACGCUACUAUAGAGAGCGUCUGUGGCUGGCGACGUCACUGUUGGGGGCGUGCCCAGCACCUCCGUCGGUGCUGGGCUUCCCCCAGCCCUCUUCCAAUGCGUGAAUGGAUGCCGCGCGCAUGCGCACGGCAUCUAUACACGCCGGGAGGACAGGGAGCGGGCGGCUGUUCUAGCAGGGCGCCGCAAAAGGGGCAGGGCGGGUUUUGCCUGCUAAAAAACGGGCAGGGCGCGGCGCCCUGCUAAAACAGCCUAGAGUGAACACUACAAUACAUUGCCCAGUGCAAUGGACUAUGCAUCCUAAUGGCCACUAUACAAUACAAUACAGACAACAUCCUAGUGAUAACUAUACCAUUCAGAGAACAUCCAGUGACUUACAUACAAUACAGAGAGUAUCUUAAGGGCCCCAUACACUUCUGUGACAUGUCCGUCUGACAUGUCGCAGGCGAUCACCCCGGUAGCCUCCCGGGGGCAGGAUCGCCCAAGAUACUUCGUAUGCUGUCCUUUUGCAUACGAUGUAUCUUGGGCGAUCCCAGCCAUGCCUGCGGGUUGGACGUGAUUGAAUGUGCAGCACAUUCAAUCUGGAGGAUCCGAUCCGAUGCUCACGGGAACACGCAUCGGAUUGGAAACCCCUCCAAAAUGCCCGAUUUCAUCCAAAAUAACGUCCCGAAUGCCCGAAAUCAGAUGAACUCGGGCAUUAUCAUCCUAGUGUAUGGGGCCCUUUAGUUACAUCCAUAUAUUAGCGUUGUUGCAUUGCCGCCACCAUACAAUAUAAUUCCCUAAUCAUUAAUUACCCCUUCUUAAAAGAUAUCAACUUCUUCAGCACCAUCAUAAAAACAACCACAUUCACCUUAAGUAAACCUUUUGUUACCAUUCGUUAUUCCCAUGUCAUUUAAAGAUCAACUUCAUGCUAAUUAACCCCAAUAAAAGCUUUAACCCCUUAACCAUUACAUAAAAACCCUAACUUGGCCCCUUAUACUCCCACAUUAUACUUUAAUAGUCUUUUAUUUGGUAUAUUCCUGUACCCCCAUCCCAUUUCUGCAUGAAAACACAAGGGAUCAGUGAUAAAUCCCCUAUCUCAUGUGUUAGAAACAUAGAAAUUGUCGGCAGAUAAGAACCACUUGGCCCAUCUAGUCUGCCCCCUUUUUUUUUUUACAUUAUUUUUAUCUCUAACCUUAUUUGAUCCUUAUUUCUUUGCAAGGAUAUCCUUAUGUCUAUCCCAUGCAUGUUUAAAUUGCUCUACUGUCUUAGCCUCUACCACCUCUGAGCUAUUCCACUUGUACACUACCCUUUCUGCAAAUUUCCCCUGAACCUCCCCCCCCCCCCCCUCCAGUCUCAGUGCAUAUCCUCGUGUCCUAUUGCUUCUCUUCAUUUGGAGAAUGUUUCCCUCCUGGACUUUGUUAAAACCCUUGAUAUAUUUGAAGGUUUCUAUCAUGUCCCCCGUUUCCCUUCUCUGCUCCAAACUAUACAUGUUGAGAUUUCUUAGUCUUUCUGGGUAUGUUUUGUGAUGUGGGCCAUGCACCAUUUUAGUUGCCCUUCUUUGCACAGUUUCUAAUGUAUUAAUAUCCUUUUGAAGAUAUGGCCUCCAGAAUUGAACACAGUAUUCUAGAUGAGGCCGUACCAAUGACCUAUACAGUGGCAUUAUUACUUCUUUCUUACCGCUGCUGAUUCCUCUCCCAAUGCAGCCAAGCAUCUGACUAGCCUUCCUCAUUGCUUUGUUACAUUGCUUACCUACCUUUAAGUCAUCUAAAAUAGUGACUCCUAGAUCCCUUUCCUCCUCAGUAGUUUCCAGUAUAGUGCCAUUAAUACUAUAUUAGCCUUUGGAUUUUUGAGACCCAAGUGCAUGAUUUUACAUUUUUGGGCAUUAAACUGUAAUUGCCACACUCUUGACCAUUCCUCUAGUCUACCUAGAUCCUCAAUCAUUUGUUUUACCCCACCUGGUGUGUCUACCCUGUUGCAUACCUUUGUGUCAUCUGCAAAAAGGCAUACUUUCCCUUUAAUAUCAUUUGCAAUGUCACCAAUAAAGAUAUUAAAAAGCACUGGUCCAAGUACAGAUCCCUGGGGUACUCCACUGGUAACAUUUCCCUCCUGUGAAUGCACUCCAUUUACCACAACUCUCUGUUUUCUAUCCUUCAACCAAGAUCUUAUCCAUUCAAUAAUCCUAAUAUCCAAUCCCAAACUUUCAAGUUUAUUUAGCAGUCUGCGAUGUGGAACAGUGUCAAAAGCCUUACUAAAGUCUAGAUAAGCUAUAUCCAUGGCUCCACCUUUAUCCAUCACUUUAGUCACACAGUCAAAAAAGUCAAUAAGAUUUCUUUGACAUGAUCUCCCCCCAGUGAAUCCAUGCUGUUAUCGUAGCUCUGGUGGCCCCUUAUUGCAGAUUAUGCUUCGGGUUCCUGAGGCACCUGAAGCAUAAUCCCCGAUAGGUACCGGCUUCAGGCGUAGAAGGAUGCCGGCAUCUGGGCUAAUAGGAUUGCCCCUGGUGAUCCUAUUAGCAGUGAUAAAGUACCACUGCUAAUAGAAUACCGCUCAUUGAAUUCUAAAAUCUUCAUAUAUUUUUAUUGUUGAAAACUGCUUUCAUUCAUUUGCCAUGAUCAGAAUAACUUACGUGUCAUGUCUUUUUUCCCUUUUGAGAUUGAUAUUCUUUUUAUUACCACAGUUACUUAAACGGAAAAAGAUUUUUACAUUUUGAUCCCCAGUUUUUGCAUAAUUGUUAUGUUUAGCUGUAGACUCACCUCUGACAAAAUGAAGCCCUUAAUGUAUUGAACAAAUGUAGAUAAUUCUGAAGCAUAAACAGGUGUGUUGUGAAAUUAAGCCACAUUGAAAGUUUGUAUCUGUAUUUAUGCUGUGAAAAUGUAUUUCCUUAAUUAUAGUUACAGGCCCUCAAUUAUACGUAGUUGUAUCCAGGGCUUAAAGUGAUCUUUGGGAGGUGGUGGAACUCACAAUCCCUCCGCCCCCCAUUCCCACCACCACCACCACCUCUCCCGCUUCCCUGUUAGAUGGAGCUACUCUAAGAUGGUGUCUUGCCACUACCAGAGGAGCAACUACGGAUGAUGGUGCAAGAGCAAAUGAAAAAAAAUGUUGCCCCUUGAAAACUGCUCUUUUAAAAUUCUGGCCGAAUACUUACAGUAUAUCGGUACUGGAGAACACAUUGGUAACACAAAUAAUAGAAGUGCGAGAGCAAGAUAAAACCUCAAUAUGACUGGUAUAAAUACCAUGUGAACACACACACAUACACUGUUAUUUAUAGGAACAUUUAAAGUGAAUGGACUAGCCCUGGGGGAUGCAUAGGCCCCAUAAACUGUAGGGACUAUGAUAGUGUGAAAUACAACUUAGAUGCUUUUUUAACACUCUUUCCACCAACUGAGACUACAAUGUUAGGUCACUUAAAAAUAAUAAGGGCCCAAAUAGAUGAAGUGGAGACGGAUAAAGAGUGAUAAAGUACCAGCCAAUCAGCUCCUAACUGUUGUUUUUCAAACACAGCCUGUGACAUGGCAAUUAGGAAGCUGAUUGGCUGGUACUUCAUCACUCUUUAUCUGUCUCCCCUUUAUCUCUUGUGGAAACUUGAUACAUUUGGGCACCCUUCAAUGUCACAAUACAUUUUUCUGCCACCCUCUGAGUUUUUUGUAUGGUGUAUUAAGUCUAUGUCACUUGGGUGACCUAUGUUUUUUAUUUCAUCAACCCUAUGUACUUGGAUUUUUUUUAAUUAACUCACCCUCUGCCCAAGAUUGAAAUUUCGAAUAUACAGUUGUGAAAAUCUUUUUGUGUUGGUCUGUAGGAGCG